UUUUUCUGGAACCCACAGAUCUUACGAGCCAUCCUCCUCGAAGAACUCCAGUGCUCAUCUUCUACUCGCCCCUGGCCUAAUCCAUCCAAUCUUUCGGUUCAGAAGGCGAGGAGGGUGCGGUGCCUGGUCCAGAUCUCGUGGCCGCCAUGGCGGAGCAGUUCGCGGAGUCAGCGAACAAUGUAAUCAUCGAAGAGGUGAACAAGGGCCUGAACCCUGGAAUGAUAGUCCUGCUUGUGGUUGCGACCACCCUGCUGCUUUUCUUUGUUGGGAACUAUGCGCUGUACCUGUAUGCGCAGAAGACGCUCCCUCCGAAGAAGAAGAAGCCAGUCUCCAAGAAGAAGCUCAAGAGGGAAAAGCUGAAGCAAGGGGUUUCUGCACCAGGGGAGUGAAGAGACCCAUCGAUUUCUCAUGUCGAUUGCUUUAUGCUGGGCUCCUUUUUUUACCUGAUAAAAAAUAUAUACCAGCUGGAGCUGCAGUGUUGAGCGACUGUUUAUGUAGAAGCCUUGUCUUGAGUGGUACAUCGUCGGUAUUGGACACCUUAUUUAAGCGACUGAUAAACCUUAGCCUAAAUUGAGCCGUUAUCUGGUCAUAGUUUUUUAAUUUAAAGCUUUGAUGGGGUUCAUCUGUGGCGAACUUGUGAAACCUGUGUAGCCGUUUGCAGUUUGGUAUGUUGUGUUGCAUUGUGGUUUGGCGUC